GUCUCCUCCACCGAGCUGAAUUCUAGAGUUGGCUUCUCAGCGAGCUUGCAGACCCCCUUCGACUUAGUAACCCUCGCCAUUUCGCAGUUCACCUCCUCGCGUGGGAUCGAGGUCCCUGCGCUGCUGCGUUCGGGCGUAGAUCGGGCGCAAACUAGUUUUGUAUCUCUUGUCAUUUUGCAGGCUUAUGUUAGUGUUGGAUUGGCUUUGUUGGAAGUGUACAAAAAUUCGCCAUUUUCACGAGAGAGUUUUUGCGGUGUGGUGGCCUUGUUCUUCUGUAUUCGUUUCUGUUUUUUCUUUUGGUUGUGUUAGUGUCGUCGAGAAAAAAUUAGGUCAAAAUGACGGAAUCCGUCCUUAGAGGCCAGAAGGGCAUGACCAGCGUGAAGGAGAUGCCCGUGUUGCAGGAUGGACCUCCACCUGGUGGUUUCCCUGCUGUUCGGUACGCAAGGAGGAUUGCCAAUACGGGUCCCAGCGGAGUUACGGUGCUUCUGGUGUCCUCUGCUAUCAUCGGUUGGGGAAUGUACCAAGUCGGCCAAGGCAACAUUUACCGUAGGGGCUUGAAAGCUGAGAAGAUUGCUGCAAGACAAGCUAUAUUACCUCUCAUCCAGGCUGAGGAAGAUGCAAGGUUUGUUAGAGAGAAGAACAAGCUUUUGGAAGAGGAAGCCAAGGUGAUGGCAAACGUGCCUGGCUGGAAGGUCGGAGAGAAUGUAUACAAUUCUGGGAGAUGGAUGCCCCCAUCUUCUGGUAAACUUGGCAUGGAUUCAUAAGCGAGUCGGCAGUUUGUUUUGCUUCUCAGCCCAUUUUGAUCUGAAUAAGUGGCUGUUUUCGAGUUUCCUUACUUCUAUAGGGAUACCAUAGCAGAUAAUUUGUUUUGCACAUCGAUGCAAGCAAACAAAUUUCAGGUCGAUGUCAACCUCUUGCAUAUUGGAAGGGCGUUUUUCAUUGCUAAUACCAUUACUAAGGUGGUGUUUCAAAUUAUUCCCUGUGUUUGAGAACACUGAGCAGCUAUCUCAUUUGGAGCGUUUUUUCGUGUUUCACAGAUAGCAUACACAUUAUUUUCCAGUAGUUGACUUAUGAAGGAAGAAGCGUGUGCAAGUAUCUGGUGCGGUAAUGGAUUUAGUCUGACGUAGAAUGACUUAUCCAAGUUCUACAGAAUCAGUGUGUUCAUCCGUCCAAUAAUUUGGAUACUUCCGAUCGUAGUUUUAACAGAAAAAGUACUUCACUUACCAAAUGGUGGAGAUGAAGGAGUAUGGACGGGUGAAUUUGGGGCAUUUGUGUUGCAUUGACGGUAUUAGUCAUUCUCCUUUUUCUUUCA